ACUUGCCUUUGAAAUUUUGUCUUUUCACUUCACUAAGUUUGCUUAUUAAUUAACGUAAGAUCCCCAGUCUCUUAUUUUGUUCAUUGAUCUUUCACAACUUGGAGACAAUAACGAAACGAAAUUAUGAACGAUUCGAAUACUAUGGCGGAGAGUAACAAUCAAUCUCAACCGGAUUUAAGUGUAACACUAGAUAUAUCAGCGACAACCACUUUGUUGCCCGAUCAAAUUCCCCCAGAUCAGCGGGAUCUUUCGUAUUUUUCUGCUGAACGGAGAAGUGAAUAUCUCAAUAUAUGUGUUCCUCUGUAUCAAGCUGCUAUGAAUGGUGACUGGAAAGUGGCUCGUCCCAUUAUCGAUCAGCACGAAGGUAUUGCCCGAGCAGCGAUAACCCGUAACUGGGAGACGACUCUUCACAUUGCUGUUGCUGCAAAACACACCAGGUUCGUAAAGAAUUUACUCACAAGAAUGGAGAGAGAUGAUUUGGCACUGAGAAAUCAAAGUAACAACACGGCUCUUUGUUUCGCUGCUGCUUCUGGGAUUAAAGAAAUAGCAAAAAUGAUGGUAGAUAUGAACCCGGAUCUUCCGCUGAUUCCAGGCAAUAGUGAAUUGAUUCCACUCCAUAUGGCUGCUUUGUUUGGACACAGAAUUAUGGUUAUUUACCUCUAUAGUCAAACUGAUUUCACAAGCUUGAGUAAUGUACAACUUGUAGAUAUCUUUCAUGCCAUCAUAUAUGCCGACAUUUUUGAUGUAGCGUUGUGGAUGUUGGAAAGAUACCAAAUACUAGCUACUUCUUGUAACCGUGCUAUGGAAACCGGGUUACAUCUUUUAGCUCGCAAGCCUUUGGCUAUCGGUCAUAGAAAAAAUCUCAAUUUCUUUCAGUGGUUAGGGCAUUUAAUGUUUGAAGGGAUGUUUCAUAAAGCUAAAAUGAGAAGCUUGGCUCACAAGUUGGUGGAGGAUAUAUGGAACUUGAUUAUUCAAAAAUCUGAUGAAGAGGUUUCGGAUUUAUUGAGAAAACCUACAAGACUACUCUUUGAUGCUGCAUCAUGUGGAAAUGUCGAGUUCCUAGUCAUUCUUAUUCGUUCGUAUCCGGAUUUGAUAUGGAAAGUCGAUAGAAGAAACCGAAGCUUGUUUCACAUUGCUGCUAUAAAUCGUCAUGAAAGCAUCUUCAACAUCAUAUAUGAACUCGGAGCAAUCAAGGACUUAAUAGCUUCUUAUCGAGAAGAAGCCACAAAUAAUACUUUGUUGCAUCUUGUUGCAAGCUUGCCUCCUCAUGAUCGACUACAUAUUGUAUCAGGGGCUGCACUUCAAAUGCAAAGAGAGAUUCUUUGGUUCAAGGCUGUGAAAAAGAUUGUUCCUCGUUCAUACAUCAAAUCAAAGAAUAAAGAAGGGGAAUUAGCGCAAGACAUCUUUACUAAUGGACACAAAGAAUUACGGAAAGAAGGAGAGAAGUGGAUGAAAGAUACUGCAACAUCAUGUAUGCUUGUAGCAACGCUAAUAGCAACGGUAGUUUUUGCCGCGGCCUUUACCGUACCAGGAGGGAACAAUGAAGAAUCAGGACUUCCUAUCCUCCAAAAAAAGAAAUGGUUUAAUAUAUUUAUCCUAUCGGAUGCGGUCGCGCUAUGCUCUUCCUCAACAUCUAUAGUGAUAUUCUUGUCAAUCUUGACGUCAAGAUAUGCUGAAGAUGAUUUUCUUGUGUCAUUACCCUCAAGGCUAAUGUUGGGACUUUUGGCAUUGUUUGUCUCCAUUAUCGCAAUGGUCAUAGCUUUCUGUGCGACGUUAUUCUUGAUCUAUGACCGGAGACUCGCGUGGAAUUUAGCCUUCAUUAUUUCACUUGCUUCAAUCACAGCUUUUUCUUUUGCCUUGCUACAUGUGCAGCUUUGGUUUGACACACUUCGAUCAGCCUAUUGGUCCAAGUUCCUCUUUCAACACCGUAAACAUCGGCUGCAUUAACCCACACGCACUCCUAGGGUUUGCAAUGUUUUUUUUUUUAUUAAAGAUUUUAUUUUCUG